GUUGUGUGUCGGUGGUCUUGAACGCCUCGUGGUGUCAAACAGCUGGAUUUAUCAUUCAUAGACGUCGACCUCGUCAGUCAGAGGUCAGACUCCGAGGAGGAUAUUAAAGCCUCUUGUGUGCUUUGACGUAAACGGUGACACUCGGAGACCCUGAAGCGUCAGACCACUUCCUGUCGGUCUGAGGUCUUAAAGCAACAUUCCCCCUAAAACGCAGCAGCUCUGUCCGAGCGCGCUAAACAUGCCGUCACGUCCAGGUGACCUCGGAAACUGUUUCACUGAUGUGAAAACAUCAACAGUUCAGAUACAUAUUCACGCCAUGGCUUCCCCGCACAUCCCGUUCCUUCGGCUUCGGUUUCGCUUCCACGGAGACGAAUGUCGGAGCCAGACGCACUGAAACCGGCGAACAGUGAGGACAGCGCGUUUGUAUCGACGUCACGUUCACAGAUAUCAGACACGAACUUUGUGAGUUCGGUGUUGUUAUUAUUUAUAUUACUGAGAGAAAUGAUGGACAAUGAGUUUGAUUUAGCCGGAUACAGAAGAUCUUUUUUAUUUCAUAGAUUUGGACAUUAAUCAGUUAUUUAUAAUAACAGCUGGUCACCAGCUUUAUUGUAGCAGUGUCGGACUCAUGCCGCCACGUCCUGUUUGGCGGAGCGGAGGUUCGUGUCCCCGCCGACCCCGGAGGUCAGUCUGCUGGUGUCUCAUCAGCAGGUCAAUAUUGGCCGACUGACGUCAGAGCUGCUCACAUAUAAGCCUUCACGUCUGAGACCGAGACCUCAGUGUCCAGCGGACAGUCCGAGGUGUCCGGUGUUCCUGAGCGUCCCGCCCGGUCCGAGUCCCUCAGCGUCAUGGUCAGCGGCAGGAUGCUGCUCCUCGGCGCCUCCUGCUGGCUGCUGCUUGUUUUGGGGAGCAGCGAGGAGCUGCCACAGGAGCGAUCGGCUGAGGACGACGCCUUCGAGACACAAGCAGAGAAAGAGCUGAUCGAAGCUCUGCAGGAAGUUCUGGAGAAGUUAAAGAACAAACAGCUGCCGUCGUCGGAGAAGAAGCUCGGCUGGGUUCCUGCAUGUGCUGCAGGUGAGCAGUGUGCGGUGCGUAAAGGGUCGAGGAUCGGGAAGCUGUGUGGAUGUCCCGCAGGAACCGUCUGCAACUUCAGCGUCCUGCAGUGUCUGUAGAGUGCCGAACCCUCUUCCUGUUCGAAACUCCAAAAUAAAGGCACGUUUUUCAAAACUCCA